CGGGUACGGACACACAGUUUUGCAGCACCAGAAACUAGUUUGAAACUUACUUGACAAGAGAACCAGCCUUCUGGUGUGCAAAGACAGACCUUCUUGUCUUCUCUCCUGUCAAAAUAACAGCCAUUGUACCUCUCUGACUUUAAUUUCAACAGCAUCUCUUCCGCAAUCUCUUUGAAUUUAGCUUGGACGGCCGGGUGGAGUGCGGAAGCGUAGUUGCUGACCUGUGUUUAAAACAAAACAAACAAACAAAGCUGUGGCGUAUUCAUGUAUUUGAGGAUUCCUACCCUAUGUUUUGGCUGAAUGGAUCUUCAAGGUGGUUCACAAAUGCACUGGGUGGUAUUCAGCUAAGUUUUACUCUGAGGUGACCCAUUGAAAUGAAUGGGUCCAGUUUAGUCAUGUUCAUUCACUACACUGAGGCUGCUCUGAGUACAACUAAGCUUGAGUGGAAUCCACUAACUAAAAGAAAAAUGUAGAUGAAAAUGUAAGAUGGGUAGCUAGCCCCUCUGCCCCCAAAAUCUUCAAAAAAUGAUUUUUUGUGCCAUAUAAGACCCCCUCAGACUUGUGAUUUUAAAUAUUUGUGUGUGUAAUCGGACAGUCCUGUGUCCAGGAGGGUCCCCUACUGUGUAACUCCCCAGCUACUUCCCAUUUAUAAUCAUUAUAAUACUGUUUAAAUAUGACCUUUAAAACUUUUACUAGCUGCUUCCAUAUGGCCCUCCCUGCGAUAACUGAUGCAUCUAAAAGGUGAACUAUGGGCUGCAUCAAACAUGCAUUACCUCUUUCAUGUAACCUCGGAUCCUGCUCUCACAGCUGUAGCGCAUGUAACUGGACUUUGUCUUAAAGCGAGAGUCAACCCCUAGGAGAGAGGGGGGAAACCCCAUUAACCUUCUACCCGCAUCUAUAAAACAGGCCCUUCUUCUGAAAGCAGUUCUGAAGCCUUUUUAAUACCCAAGGUGUGGGGCGAAGAACCCCUAUUUGAUCUUACCCUGUACAGGCAGUGUGGUGUAGUGGUUAGAGUCCCAGAUUAUGUAUUUCAGGCCUGAGUAUUUCAGGCCUUUGGCUCAAGAUCAUGUCACUAUCUCUGCAUGAGCUGAGAUUGAGAGGUGUGCAGGAAUCAAUGCUUUGUGUUGGGCUUCCUCUUCCAAGGGGCUUUGGACGCACCCAAAAUGAAACAUCGACUCCCUUGCAAGGUAGUAGACUCUCCUUCCUUGGAGGUUUUUAAAGAGAGGUUGGGUGGCCAUCUGUCAGGGAUUCUUUAGCUGUGAUUCUUGCAUGGCAGGGGGUUGAGCUAGAUGACCCUUGGGGGUGCCUCCCAACUCUGUGAUUAUAUGAAAAGUGUAAUGUUUAGCAAAGAAUAAGAAGAAAAAUACAACCCUCCUUAAGGGGCGUGUCGGCACCGAGGCAGAGCUCACCUUCGAACCAUCUCCCAUCUUCCUCUCUGCUUUCCCCUGAAAUAUUUUCACUGAGAGUCUGAAUGAGGUCAGCCAGCAGCUUCCGUCUCUUGGGGGCUUCCUCGUCAGAGAGCAGCCCCUGAGCUGCGCGAAUAACAUCAUCCGUUCGGCUAGAAAAGGCAUCAAGAAACCGCUGGAUCUCGCUCACAUCUGCAAGGUUGUUAGAGUGGGGGGAGGGUGUGUGCAAAAUUAUUUGGGGUUGCUUGUUCCUGCUUUAAUCAAGAUAAUAUUUUACAUUAUUAUUAAUGGUAGUGAAAAUAAUCAGUAAUUAGUAUUAAAUUUUAAUCAGUAUUAACAGCAAUAAUGAAACGCUUAACAUUUUCAAAAAGCUCUCAAGCAUUCAAAGCAUUUGCAAUAUCUGACUAAUCUGAAUGCAUCAAACCUGGAUUUAUCUGAGUCAACAUGGUUAUAUUUGUGGUGCGACCAAUUACAGUAAUUCAUGAAAGGAAGGGAAGAAAGAGAAAAUUUCUGCUUUGUACAAAAGUCAGCAUGUUUGAUGUGACCCUUAAAAUAUGCAUGCUCACCAACAACGGAAAUUUCCCAGUUAACAAUAUUAUUUCAUAAUUUAUUAAUUUCAUACAACGCUAUGUGAUAUUUGUUGGCUGGGUUAUGUGCAUACACUCAAAAUGCAUGAGGACGGUGGAUGUUUUCAGGCAGAGGAAUAGAACAAAACUCCCUGUCCUACUCACAGCCAUGCCAGCUCUCUCCUGGGGGUAGCAAGAUGAGUUCUGAAUGAUCUGGAAUAUGCUGAAAAUACCCUUCCGUCACCUCUGUGCCAUCCUCAUAUAAGCACAGCCGGCAGUCAGUGUAAGGGAGCUGUUGGGAAGGUGACACAAGGCACAUGGAGUCAGGGCAGCCGUCACAAGACACAGGAAGAUUCCCCCGCCAGCCCUCUCCCCAGGCCAACUUUUAUUCUUUUCUUACAUUUAUGUCCCACCUUUCUUCCGCCAUAGAACCCAAGGUGGUGUGUAUGUGGACUCCCAUCCAGUCCUCACUCCCCAACCGGCUUAGCUUCCGCAAGGAGGUGGCCUCAUCCUAGCCAGAGCACUGGGGUUUUGUUCAGAUGCCACCCUAAAUCAGUUUGCUUGCUCUAAACCAGUGUUUCCCAAACUUGGCCCCUGGCUUUUUUUGGACUACAAUUCCCAUCAUCCCUGACCACAGGUCCUGCUAGCUAGGGAUGAUGGGAGUUGUAGUCCAAAAACCGUGGAGACUCAAGUUUGGGGAACACUACCCCGCUUUCCUGGAUUAAAGAAGGGAGUUCUAUAUGCCCCUGGGAUUCCCUUCCAACUCCAGUUCUGUGAUUCUAUUAACAAGCAACUUGAGCACCUGCAGUUCCUCAGCGGCUCCAGCAGGGGCCGCUGCUUGCACUUGAUUUCCGCGGCGGUCCUAAAGCCCGCUGUAUACCCAACCACCUCAACUGCACCUGCAGGAAGGCGCAGGCCUUGGAGAGCAACUCCUUCAGGCUUCUUGCCGCCACUCCGAAUUUCCGAUCGCUGCCGAGGCUACGGAUUUUGAACGCUUUGGGUGCCAUCGCGCCGCAGACGGGGCUCGAACCCGCAGAGCCUAGCUUCCGGGUCUCGGCCCCGAAAGGAGUGGGGCUCUGAUUAGUCGACAGAAGUGCUUGUCAAGCGUUAGGACCCGCCUCUGUCCUCCCUUAAAGGAAUAGAUUAUUUUUAUUGGUCAACAUCGAUCCGCGACCGAUAAGAAAAGGUUUAAGGAAAUGAUUAAUUGGCUACUUUGAGGACAAUGCUACCUUAGCACCGAAUACAGUACUUCCUUAUUUAAGCUGGCAAAUCUGUUUUAUUCGUUUUCUUUAAGCCGCAUGCGCAGAAGGGUCUUUCCCGCCUCAAUAAAAACGGCCAGGCUUGAUCAUUCCCAGUGCGCAUGCUCACCCCCUUGCAGCAAGCUUUCGCCAUGUUAGCUUAGGGAGUGGUGCAGUCCUUCAACGCAUGCGUGCAAAUGUAUUUUGGGCAUGAUCAAAGGCUCCGCCCCCAGCUGGUCAUAGAGAUAUAAAAUAGUAGAGUCGUACUGCCAAGUAUACUUUCUCGGACCUUUUAAAUGCAAUGCGCGGGCUGAGUUAUGGAUGUUUCUUAUGAAUUACUUCAUCCCAAAGUCAGAAAAUAUUUAUUGUAGGUCCCUCAUCAUCACUACAUUUUUUUUUUUUUGUUCACACAACAACCCCGUGAGUUAGAUCAACCUGAGAAGUAAUGCUUUGAAUGUCCAGUGUAUGAGUAUCAUUCAUCCCUAGAGGCCAAAGCGGCGGGGGGGGGGGCUGCUAUAAAGUUCAAGUGUCAACAUCAGAUGGGAGUUGGCCCCUGUGAAGACAAGUGCUGGACAAGAGGGGCCACUGGCUUGAUCCAGCAGGCUCUUUUUUUGUUGUUCCUAUGUUGACAACGAACACCCAUACCAAAGCACUAGAGAACAUGCUUUGCACUUAAAAUGUCUCAAAGAAGAUCAUUGCUGCUGCUUGAGAAACGUAAAAAAAAUGAGCAGGUUUAAGAGAAGACAGCUAAUAACUCAGGUCCCUAUGAAUUUGAUAUCGAUAGUUGGUUUCUAUUUUAAUAUUGUUUCAAUAUUUUAAUGUUGUAUUUUAAUUUUGUUUUUAAGUUGUAAUCAUUCAACUUGUUUUUAUUAUUGCUUGUAAGCCGCUCUGAGCCCGGCCUUGGCUGGGGAGGGCGGGGUAUAAAUAAAAAUUAUUAUUAUUAUUAUUAUUAUUAUUAUUAUUAUUAAAAUUUGCUGCCACUGAAAAUGUUACUUUCCUUACGUAGUAUUUGGGGCUUGAUUUCUCCCCAUUCCUUCCCCUCCAGCAAAAGGUGGGGGCGGACUUCUGCUAGAUUAGUAUACAGUAUUUUUUUUAGCCUGAGUCCUUGCUCUGAAGCAAGGAUUGUCUCCAAAACUGAAGCCUUUCGUGUAUGUGUGAAUGUGUGCGUGUGUUGAUUGUUAGACUGUGUACACCCUUAGAAAUUUGAUUAAAAAAUAAAUAGCGGGAUAUAAAUGGUUCUAAAUAAAUAAAAUGAGUACAUUACCAUAACUGAUUUGUUUAUUAUUAUUUCUAUGUUCCCGCAGCACCUUCCUCUACCUAACAGCGCAGGGGCGGAAAGGGUGCGAAGCAGUAAGGAGGCGAAAGGGCAGAGCGCCGCCGCGCGAAAGAGAGCGAGACCGCGCUUGCUGGCGAGCCCAAUGGCCGCGUGCCAUUGUUUUUCACCGGAACUUCCGUUUGGCGCGUCGGCUUCCUCGGAUAGCCUUGAUCUCUUUUUAGUCUCCGCCCCGCCGCUCGGCUCGCGCCUGCGCAGUAGCGUCCAAGUGGUUGCUAGGAGAGCAGUGGCCCUAGUGAUGGAGCCGGAAUAAAGUAGGUAGGAAGAAUGGAAGAGAGAGAGAAAGAAAGAAAGAGACAAAGCGAAGAGGGGCGGGGAGGGAAGGCCGCGCCUCCUGCUCCCCUUAGGAGCCCCUCCCUUUUGGGGAGGGGGAGGAAGGUGUCGGCCCCUCCCUCAUCCUUAGGUGGGGGGGGGAGGCGACCAUAAUAGAAGGUUGGGGGUGAAAUGUGGGUGGGCAUUUAUAUAUUUAUUUCAUUGCAUUUAUAUCCCACAUUUUUCCCCUCCAAGGAGCUCAACGUUUCCCCCCCUCCUCAUUUGGUCCCCACAUCAACCCUGCGAGGUAGGCUAGGCUGAGAGGCAGUGGCUAAGUGUCCAGGGCAACUUCCAGGGAGCUUCAUGCACAGCCAAUGAAUGAGUGGGGAUUUGAACCCGGGCUUAUGGGUCUCCUUUCCCCCCUGCUAACCCCACAGCAGCCUUGUGAGGUGGGUUAGGCUGAGAGGCAGCAACUGCCUCCUCCCUCACCAAGGUUACCCUGGGAGCUUCAUGGCCAAGUGUGGAGAUUUGAAUCCUGGUCUCUCCCAGGUCCUAGCCCACACUCUGGCCACUACGCCGCACUGCCUCAUGGUUUAUGCCUUCCUGGCAUGUUUCAACAUUAUUUGCCUCCCAGAAAUGCAAAAUGCAGCUCACAGGUGCGACAGCGAUUAAGAACUUACGAUACUCAUAUAAUGGGUGGGCAAGUCAUAUAAGAGCCUGUGGCUCCCCAGAUGCUGUUGGACUCCCAGCAGUCAGCAUGACCAAAGUGAUGGAACAAUAUCUAGGGGAGGUCACAGAUGUUUAUCAUCCGUGCUCCAUGGCAAGUUAUUUCCAAUCAAUCUGGAAAUCCAGAAGCCACGUUUUGUACCCUUGAGGAACUUUUUUUAAAAAAACAUAUUCAAGCUUUACAUUGUUAGCCUAUGGAACUGUCUACCCACAAGAUCUGGCUUUGAGGGUCAGUUGACUAUGCUUUAUCCUUUAUUAGUUUAUCUAAACGUUCAUAAGAAUGUAAGACGAACCUUGCCGAGUCAGAGCAAAGGCUCUUCUAACUCAGCGUCCACACCCCAAAUUGGCUAGCCUGAUGCUUCCUGAUAGCCUGCAAGCUUGUCUUGUGCUGCUGGGAUUCUGAGAGGCAACUGGUUGACCAAAGUGCUUGACCAUGUGGACCUCUGGUCUUAUCUGGCAGUGGUGCUCUUGCAUUCUUAACUUGAAGAAUAUAAUUUCAAACUUCAAUUGUUAAAAAUCCAUAAUUUUGCAUGUCUUACUCUAAAAUAAUGUUGAAUUAUUUUUAAGAAAAUAAGAAGAGCCUGCUGGAAAAAGCCAAUGACACAUCUAGUCCAGCAUCCUGAUCUCACAGAUGUCUGUAAGAAACCUGCAAGCAGGACCAAACACAAGAGCACUCUCCUGUGGUUUCUAGCAGCUAGGGUUCAGAGGCAUGGUGCCUCUGACAGUGACAGCAAAGCAUAGCCCUAAUGGCUAGUAGCCAUUCAUAAUAUUUCGUAGACUUAUCCUCUCUAAGUUUUAUCUUAUAUUUUAAAUCCACCCACAAGUCAGUGGCUACCUCUGCCUCCUGUGGAAGCGAGCUCCGUAGUUUGUAACUGCGUGAUGUGUGAAUAACUUUUCUUUGAUCUGACCUGAAUUUUCCAGCAUUCAGCUUCAUUGGAUGCACCUGAGUUCUAGUGCUACGGGAGAAGGAGGGAGGGGGAAUCUCUAACCACUUUCUCUAUGCCAUGCAAAAAUACUUAUAAUUAUAAAGCAUAUUUCUUUUUUCCCAGUUAGUUCAAGAGGGCAGGAUGCCGCACAAGAUUGGGUUUAUUGUUGUAAGUUCAUCAGGGCAUGAGGAUGGCUUCAGUGCGAAAGAACUGAUGGUCCACGCCCCAACCAUCAAUGGCUGGAGGUCACCAAGGUACUGUAAGUGACAGAAAUUUUAGGAAGCACUUUGCCAGUUUUAGCGUUGUCAGGCUUGUGGGUUGCAUGCAGUUUCCCUGGCACCUCUGGAUGGGGCCUUGCUAGAAUCCUGAGGCCCUCGCCUUUGAUUUUAAGAGCGUAGUUUCUGUCCAUCACAGUUGAACUGCAUGGGGGGAAGGGAAUGAUUACUUAGGAGCCGGGAACAUAAGAACUUUGGCUUGGGGUGCUGAAGCACUUGGGAUGUUUCAUUCAUUCCAGGCUCUGCCAGUAUCCCCAAGAAAUUGUCCUUCAGAUGGUGGAGCGAUGUAGGAUUCGAAAACUGCAGUUGCUGGCUCACCAGUACAUGAUUUCUAGCAAGAUUGAAUUCUACAUCAGCGAGAACCUGCCUGAAUAUUUUGCACCAUACAAAUCAGAGAGGUUCCGAAGGCUAGGGUAAGUCUCCCCUCUCUGCAAAAUGAGCCAGGCCUCAGUUCCUCAUUUGCUUGGGGCAAGCAAGUUGUUUCUUAGGGUAGAGGAGUUGGUGAGCUUCUACUGGGCAGAAGCAGCAGGGACACUGCGUGGAUUCUUACAGGGUUUUCUAAUAAGCCGUAUCCAUUCAGGGGAUCCGUGUUUCUUGCACAGCCCAAGUAAGCCCGUGGAAGCACACACAAGCUCACACAAGUUAGUUCCAUUUUCUUCACUCUUGGUUUAGGGUUCUGAUCACAAGGCAGGUGUCGGGGGGACCAUCUGGAUUCAGGAUAAGAAGCCUUUCUAGCAGGGCUGUACCAUACGGAGCAAGUUUGUUUUCUGCUGCUGUUAAUUUCAGGCACAUCUUUUUUCAGAGAAUAAAGUCUUGCACUCGCCGUGUUUUGAUUUUGGGGUGCACAAUGCACAUGUCAGUACCAGGAUGUCUGCCCUUGAUGCUUUAAAUGUGAUCACGUAUAAUAUGUCUUUUUUCUUCUCUACUGUGAUCGCGUAUAAUAUUGUCUUUUUUUUUUUUCUACACCCACCGCUUGCAGUUAUGUGUCUCUCUCAAAUAAUGAGAAAACUGGCUACAAGGCGCGAGAACUGAAAUCCGUCUACGUAGAUGCUGUUGGCCAAUACCUAAAGUUGACGUUCCACAAAAACUAUGUCAAUAGGUACAACCUGUACAGUCAGGUAAAAUGAACCAAAAGGCUGAGGGGGUACUUCAUGUUUUACUCGUCUUUCUGAAAAAUGAAUCUCCACCCAAGGAAGGCACAGCUUUUGAAGUAGCUGUGAGGUUUUUGUUUCUCUGUUUGGGGGACAGUUGCUGUUUUGUUUGCAGAUCCCAGCUUUUCUGCACAGCUCUCAUGGCUAAUGCUUGCCCUCACACAAGGCCUCCACCCAACCUCUUUUCAGCAGGACAUGCUUGACCCAUUGAGUGUUGUCUGACUAAAAGUGUACUGCCUUGCACACUUACCUGGAAGUAAACCCCACUGAAUACAGUGGGGUUUAUUUUUGAGUAAACAUCCUCAGGAUUGCAUGGGAAACCCCACCUGCCUGUUGCCCACUCCAAAAUCUGUGAUGAGGUCUUCAGUGUGGAGGAUCUCAUGAGGUCACAACACCUGAGAUGGCAACUUUUGCAGAACUAGUUUUUAAAAUACUGGCAGCCAGACUUUCAAAGCACUCAGGACUUCUCUUCAGAUUUUAGGAGUUCAGUGUCAUCAUUAUGAAAAAGCAUGAUGGUGUUAUUUCGCUAUUCAAAUCCAUGGCAAUACAGUGGAUGCUCGCGUUGCGAAUGUGAUCCGUGCGGGAAGCACAUUCGCAACCCCGCAGCGGCACGUCUGCACACACGCGGGGCACGAUUCGGCGCUUAUGCGCAUGCACAAGCCCCGAAACCCAGAAGUAACCCGUUCCGGUACUUCCGGAUUCGGCACUGUGCGCAACCCGAAAUCACGCAACCGGAAGUGUCUGUAACCCGAGGUAUGACUGUAAAUAAAACACAUAAUAGCACUCAGCCUCCCUUUUGUCUAGAUUAUCUCUCACCAGUGGGGCGUAUGCUUUUAUUGUGUACAGCUCAAUUGUUGACGGCCUUGGAUGUAAGCUUUGCAAAAAGAUGAGAAAGGAACUGUAAUAACAUCAAGUCAAUACGCUGGAGAAUGCAUUGGGGGAGAAAGAAAUGACUUUUAGCCGACAGGGAACAAAAACUGAAAACGCUUUAGGGAUUCUGAUAGUAUGAGGAAGAAUGAAAGAAGGCAUUUCUACAUCUCCAGCACCCUUGCUUCACCGAAUCAAGGGUGCUGGAAAUGCAGUGUGCUCGAUCCAGAGAUUCUGAGGUUGCGGCCAGUGAUUAUUAUCCUGCAACAUCUGUCAGGCCACAGAUUCCCCAGCCCUGUCCUAAAGGAAUCUUAGGACCCAGGGGUUGGAUGAAUAAGUUUUCAAGAGGUUGGGGGUGGAGAUGGCACUGUAGCUCAGCGGUGGAACAUCUGCUUUCCAUGCAGAAGGUCCUAGUUUCAAUUCACCAAUAUUUCCAGGUAGGGCUAGCAAAGACCCCCUACUGCCAGCCUGUGUAGGUAGAGCUGAGCCAUUUAAACCAGAUUGCUAUCUUCUGGGGGUGGGGCUCUUUGCCCUAUUGCAAAACCAGACAAAAAUGUGCAAAAUAGGUAAAAAUAGCAGGAAUAGGCCCAAUUUGCAUUGAUUAUUUAUGUCACAGCACUGAGCUUUCCCUGCUGCAGAAUUUCACUUCUUUUAAAAGGCAUAGAAGGAAGCCUGCCCAUUUUUCCUUUUCCUUUUCCUUUUAGGUUGCUCUUGUAGCAAUAAAUAUCAUUGGAGAGCCUGCAGAUGCCAGCAAUGACACUAAUCAUGUAAGUAUAUGAAGUAAUGAGCUGAGGGAAACCCUGGACCACCUUUACCUUCAGUUAGGGGGGUGGUUCAGUCAUAAUGCCAAGCCGGUCCUGGUUUCCGGUCCUGGUUUUUAGAGGGCGGGUGCAAGCUGCAGUCUGCCGGUUCAGACAAAGAGCAAAACCGUGGUACACCUCAGAUCAGGAUUGGUUGCUGGGAAUCGCAACCUGAUAGGUUCCUCCUCUCGUUAUUCAUGUAACGAAAGCAAAGGAGAGAGAGCCUAUGCACAGGGAUUCAAGGCAGCUUACAGCUGAAGUAGAAACAGCUAAAAACAUAGGAAAAAAGCAAUAAUUAAAAAAACAAGUAAAGAUUAAUAGAAUAAAUGUACAUAGGAUCUAAUUAUAUCAUUCAUAUCGUUAGAAGGGUACUACUUGCCAUUCCUGGAUGUAGGCUUGAUUGUGAUUUGUGGGAUGCCCCCUGACUUUUAUCUUUCCGAAGUCUUCUAGAGAGAAGCUGAUCGACCAUUACCUUGGGAACAACCCAGAUGACUCGGCCUUGGAUGGAACGUACACCGGGUAAGGAUGAGGAAGGGCCACAGCUCAGUAGUACAGCAGAAGGUCCCAAGUUCAAGUUGAAAGCUUUUCUAUUCCGCCAGGCCUCUUCGGGCAGAAAAGAGUUCAUCCUUCCACAAUGGUUUAUUGAUGCUUGUUUUUUAAAAACUUCUUUUUGCUUUUAAGUUGUUCUUAGCUUUUUAAAACGCUUUUAUUGUUUGGUUCUAAUCUUUUUAAUGUUUUAAACCACUUUGAUUUUUUUAAUGAUUUAACGGUACAGAAAUACAUUUUAAAAUAUAUAAAUAAUAACCCAUCAACUCCAGGUGGGGCUGGAAGAAACUUAUUGCCUGAAUCCUGGGAGAGCCCCUGUCAGUCAGUGAAGGACCAGUGGUCUGACUCGGAAACAUAGGGAGCUGCCUUACAUUGUGUCCUAGCUGUCAGCCAGAGUUUCAUUUCCCCCAUCCCCUUGCAAAUAAUAAAAUAAAAUAAAAUCCGGUGUCUUUCUUAAACAGCUCCCCUAAGUCCCUGUUAUCCCUCUCCUUCCCAGGAAGCCAGAUUUGAUUUCACCACUGGAUGACCUGGCUUUUGACAUGUACCAAGAUCCAGAGGUGGCGCAGAUAAUCCGCAAGCUGGAUGAGAAAAAGCACGAAGCGGUGCGCCAGGAGCAUUACGACCAUGCCAAGAAACUCAAGCAAGCUAUUGCAGACCUGCAGAAGGUAGGGCCAGAGCACGGUAGGGAAGGGCCACACACAGCCAACUGAUUGUAUUAUUUGCAGCAGAGGUUUUUGCGGAGUGUCAGCGGUUACUCGUAAUCACACACAUUUCCCUGCUCGCUGAGGAUUGCACACCCCGCACCUGAUGAAGAGCACCAGUGGCCCUGCAGAUGUUGUUGCACAACUCCCGUCCUCACCCUAACCAUUGGCCAUGCUGACCAGGGCUGAUAGCAGUUGGAGCCCAACAACCUCGGGAGGAACCAAAGGUUCCUUACCUCUGCCAAAAAUAAAUCAGUUGCCCUCCUUGUUUAGGCGCAGCACCCAUAAACUAAUAAAUGCAACAGCCAAACAAGAGCCCUUUUCCCCUCAGGGCCUCCACAUUCAUUUCUUCCUCUUUAAAAAAGAGUUUUUUUCCUUCACUUUUAUGCAGGAGGGGUGAAGAGGCAACUAUCCCCCAGAACCUUCCUGUGCUAAGAGUUUCAGCCUCCUCAGAAGGUGGGCCAAGAAACAGAGUUGCAUUAAGUCAGAGUAGACCUGUUGGAAUGAAUGGACAUGACCAACUUAGGUCCAUUAGUUUCAAGGGGUCUUCUAUGAGUAGGACUAAUGUAGGAUGCAACCUGGAGUUCAAGAACGUUCCUCCAGAAGGACCUUCAAGAUGGGGACCUUUCCUGCUUUUCUCUCUAAAGAUCUGAAAUAUCAAACCUAGGAAAGGAGGAGAUGGUUUCUGUUUAGGGAGCUGACCCUUUUUUCAAGCCUGGAGGAACCAAGAAGAUGUAUCUGAAGGAAACUACAAAAGAGCCCGCCAGCUCUCUCUUAACACCAGCAUGACAGUAAGAGAAGAAGGUUCUGCAACUUCCUUGUCUCUUCUCAGCUUUGGGAUAAGCUGUGUCCACUGCAGAGAAUUCGCAAGCCCAUUGUUCCAUUCCAGGCUCCAGCAGUGACCUCUGAACUCCCCCUUCUUCCAGGUUGGCGAGCGGCUGGGCCGCUACGAAGUGGAGAAGCGCUGCGCCGUCGAGCGGGAGGACUAUGACCUCGCCAAGCAGAAAAAGCAGCAGAUGGAGGAGUACCGUCUCAAAGUGUAUCAGCAGCUGGAGCUGCACAAUCUCCUCGACCCAGAUCUGUUGGUGAGCAGUGUCCCUGGCAGGACGAGACAGGGAAGAGAUUGACCUUGCCCAGCUCUUCCUGCCAUGCAGUCCAGAAGUAUUGAGGGAGGUUUGGGAUUAGUGUAUAGAGGAGCUGUCACUGAAGUCAGCUCCCAUUGCAGCAAAGCUUUACUGUAUGUUGGGGAGUGGUAUAACAGGGAUGGCUCCAGAUACUGUUGGACUCCCAGCUCCUAUGACCAGUGGCCAGGAGUGAGUUGUUGUCCCAGGACAACUGGAAGAGUCUCCCACAAUUGCUGCAUGGCAAAAUCUCUCUAGAUGCACUUUUCUUCUCCCUCUCGUUCUCUCAGAUCCGGCGGCCUCCCGACUUGCCUCUGGAACCUGUGGCUUAUCCCACCGCUUCUCCCCAGCAGAAAAGGCCUCUGCUUUCGCCCCGGUGGGACAAAACUGAAGCAGAGAGUCCUGAGCCGCCGCCUCCUGAAAAGCCACCAGAAGCUCCUUCACCAGAGCCCGUUGCAGCUCAGGCCAUCUCUCCUCCCGCCGCCCAGGCCCCCAUCUCCACCGAGGCUUUUCCAAAGAUCAACGUAAGUCUGGUUUUCCAUGUGUCCUGCAGAUUAACGCCCUUCUGCACACAGCUGACACUGGGUAUUUCUGUGGCCUCUUUUUUGUUUUCCUUCUUUGUUCUGAGGGCGGAGAGCAAUUGUGCCUGCUUUCAGUUCAGCUGGGCUCACUGAUUGCAGUUUCUGUAAACCAUCUAAGGCUGGGGAUCCCUUUGGGCUGCUGAAUGUUUCCCAAUUGAGGUGCAGCCUCAAUUUUUCUGACUUCAGAGUCAGAAAAAUAACAAAGGAAUUGUAGGAAGUACAUAGCUUGGGUAGAAAAGUUUAUCGUCCUAGAGAAGGCAAAGGCAGCCAAGCUUGGUCCUUUGUUCUCAGAGGAUAGUUCUAAGUGACUUCUCAUCUUGAGGUCUGAGAGAACAGGGUGAGGAGGAAGUUGCAAAACACGAAGCGACCUAAGAUGUAUGAGUUCAGAUAACAAAGCAAUAGAGAAGUCAUCAUAGAGAUGAAGGUACAGGGAAAGUCUGGGAAGCUGGAGGUCCCUAACUCUUUCUGUCUUAACCCCAUGUGAACCCCUUAUUCUGUUUCCUGAAUUGGACCCAAUUUCCCAACAUUUAUUUGCAAGGGGGAUGUUGGAGCAGAUCACCAUUUUUGUACUAGUUCUGUGCUCCCAUGGCUAGUGAAGCAAGGGAAGGGCUACAGCUGAGUGACGGAGCAUCUGCUUUGCAUGCAGAAAGCCCCAGGUUCAGUCCUCAAUGGCAUCAAGUAGGGCUUGGAAUGUCCCCUGCCUAAAAGACUGGAGAUCCGCUGCCAGUCAGUGUAUACAGUACGGAGCUAGUAUUUUUUAAAAAACAGCGUCUUCUCUCUCUCUUUCUCUCUUUUUCUCUGCUAGGUUGAAUUCUUACCUUACGAUGAGAGGCCCCUCCCAACUAUUCGUAAGCAGCAGGAGGAAGGCUUUCCCUACUUGGACCCUGAGAUGAACGAGGAGGACCCUGGGGACACCCCGAGAAGUGGUGUCGUCGGAGAGCCAGAGCCGCUGACCGAGAAAGCUCUGAGGGAGGCCAGCUCAGCCAUUGAAGUGUUUGGGGAAGGCCUGGUAAAGACCUCGUAAACGUAGCUUAGUAAUGGCAGGGCAAGCGCAUUACUUUCAUGUACAAAGAGUACCCUUGCACAUUGCAGGAUUGAGCCCUGGAUAAGUGGUGCAGAUUGUACAAAGAAAAUUGAAUUGACAAUUGUUUCUGUUUGAGCCAAAAUCAGCUACCCAGGCCUCUUGGUCUGGCUUCUGGGGCUCUUUCCAGCCCCAUACAGGUAACCUGGGGUGGCACUGAGAGUCAACCCUGCUCCUAGCUGCAUAAAUUCAUCUUGAGUUUUGUUCCUCAGGCACGCCAGUGUGUGAUAUUUAUUUAUUUAUAUGCUGCCUUUCGACCGAGAAACAUCCCAAGAGAGCUCACAAGCAAUAUAAAUGCAAAUGCAAACCUACCAGUCAAAAUAUAGUGCAAUACCAUAAACAUCAAACUAAAUUGUAACAUUUCAGAAGCGUUAACAUGCGUUCAUUUUCCUGCCAUAAAAGCAUCAGAGUAAUUCCCAAAAAAACAUUAGUGGAGAGCAAGAAUAAGAACUUAAACAGCACCUCCUCCUUUAAAGGGUUCUUGGCAGGGGAGUGGGGCAAGGCAGGUGGAAUCACUUGCCCCUGGUGGCUCCAGCCGUCUCUCCCCUGCAGCAGUACUGGCCAGGCUCUUCCUGAUGAAAGAAUGACAGGUGUUGGCUUUUGUGCAGAUCUGGGCUGCUCCAGCUCCUGAACAUUCCCCUUUUCCCAGGUUGCAGGGGCCUAUUCCAAGACAUGGUCCUACCGCGAAGACUCGUUGCUCGCCAUAUACAAAAAAAUGACGGAAGUAUCCACAAACACGCCAAAGGAUGACCUGAAGAACCUCCUUCGGGGCGCCAUCUUCCUCAUAGUGAGAGCCAUAAAAGACAUAGUCUCCUCGGUGAGCAAUAUCAGGGGGGUCGGGUCUAACAUCCCUGUGAAUGCCCUCUUCUAUAUCUCCUAAAUGAGAAUGUGGGGGAACUCAGUGGCGGGGUCCAGUGACUCCCAGUUUCAGAUAGUUGUAAAGGUUUCCACACGCAGCAGCCCCAUGCAAUCGAAAUUUCUCUCCAUCUUGACCACAGUUCCUAUUUUAACCACCUUGAUGGUUUCCUUCUGGUAGGUUUUUCAAGCUUCCUUAAAGCUCCUAAAGAUGAUCAUCACGCAGUACAUCCCCAAGCAUAAACUUGGGAAGCAAGAGACCACUUACUGUGUGGAAAGGACCUUUCCCAACCUUCUCUCCAGGACGGGGGACUCCUCUGCCCGCCUUCGUGUAGCGGCUGCCAACUUCAUCCAGGUCAGUCUAGUCAAUACACAAAGACUUGCAGCUGCAUGCAAGUGUUUGCCUGAACACAUGACGUUCAAGGUUCAUGCAUUGAUCACUCAACUGCAUUACUGCAAUGCACUCUCUGGGGGGCUUCACUUGCGCAUGAUCUGGAAGCUGCAAGUUAGUGCAGAAUGCUGUGGCACGAUUGCUGACAGGUAUCUUAAAAAGCAGAGACAUCACCUUGCCAACAAAGGUCCAUAUAGUUAAAGCCAUGGUUUUCCCAGUAGUGAUGUAUGGAAGUGAGAGCUGGACCAUCAAGAAGGCUGAUCGCCGAAGAAUUGAUGCUUUUGAAUUAUGGUGCUGGAGGAGACUCUUGAGAGUCCCAUGGACUGCAAGAAGAUCAAACGUAUCCAUUCUUAAGGAAAUCAGCCCUGAGUGCUCACUGGAAGGACAGAUCGUGAAGUUGAGGCUCCAAUACUUUGGCCACCUCAUGAGAAGAGAAGACUCCUGGAAAAGACCCUGAUGUUGGGAAAGAUGGAGGGCACAAGGAGAAGGGGACGACAGAGGACGAGAUGGUUGGACAGUGUUCUCGAAGCUACAAACAUGAGCCUGACCAAACUGCGGGAGGCAGUGGAAGACAGGAGUGCCUGGCGUGCUCUGGUCCAUGGGGUCACGAAGAGUCGGACACGACUAAACGACUAAACAACAACAUGGAACAACUGUGUGUAUCUAUGUCACUACAAAAUACUCCUCUUCUUUGUGUAGGUCUGAAGUAAAACCUGUAAGGCUCAAACCACUGCUGAAUCUUGCAGGGCUUGGGAGGGCAGUUCUCAGUUUUGCUGAGUUGUGCCUUUGUGGGCCGCAUGUUAACCGCUGACCCGAGCGUGCUGUGUCUUUUCCAUCUCCCUCUAGGAAAUGGCCCUCUGUAACGAAGUGAAGCCUCUUCAGAUUAUACCUGCUCACCUGGUGCAGCCUGUGAAGCCAAAUUCUCCUACACAUCUUGCAAUGAGCCAAGUGGAAUUAGUGGAACGCUUGCUGAAAGACCUGGGGACGGAUAACACCGGUUUUACUGUCGAUAACGUCAUGCGGGUAGGGAGCUGAGCUUCCAGUGGUUUCUGAAUCUGUCUAAGACGGCUUCCUGCAUUCCUAAUGAAGCCGCUUACUCUAGGUGCAGCACAAACUGUGCAGUUGUGCUUAUACAUUCAUACCCCACUCUCCUUCUUUCUCAGUAAAAUCACUUAGAAAAACUUCUUUGGAGGUGGGAGGUGUGUUGUUGAUGUUGCAGGCAUUAGCCACUAGCACCCUGCACAGCCAGCUUUUUUCUAACACACUGGAAACCUGUAGAACCUAUUUCCCCCCAGUUUUUCAGCACAUUGAAUGUACACUUAAACCACCUCCAUAAGACUCACAAAACGACUGCAUGUUUUCUUCACCCUUAGUUUGCAACAGGAGCUCUGGAGCAUCGAGUAUAUGAGGUCCGGGAAACAGCCCUCCGGAUCAUCCUGGAUAUGUAUCGGCAGCACCGAGCCGUCAUCCUGGAUUACCUUCCUCCUGAUGAUGCCAACACACGCAAGAACGUUCUGUAUAAGACGCUUUUCGAUGGGUUUGCUAAAAUAGACGGCAAACUCACAGAAGCAGAAAUAAGGGUAAGAAAUGCAACUUUUUUCAGGUCUUGUGGUUUUCAUAGGGGCUGUGCUGACUGAGGCAGGAAAAUGAUGGCCAGUUGCUGAAAACCACAGGAAGGGAGAGUGCUCUUGUGCCACGAUCCUGCUUGCCAGUUUCCUACAGGUUGGCCCCUGUGAGAACAGUAUGUUGGACUAGAUGGGCCAUUGGCCUGAUCCAGCAAGCUGUUACGUUCUUCUGUGUGUCAGGCUCAACCCAUCAGGAAGGCAAAGUGACUCUUACUGGAUCAGACCAAAAUGCCAUCUGGUUCAGCAUCCACAAUGACCAGCCAGAUGUCUCCAGGUAGCAAGCCAUAGAGGAAACAGGCCUCCCACUCCCACUGUUUGUUGGCGAUGCCAGGUAUCCAUAGGUAUAGUCUUGGAACUAAACAACCUGUUCUCCAUGAAUUUGUCAAAUCCCUCUUGGAAAACAGCCUUGAAGGCAGUAGGUUUCAUCUUGUGGCCGUGUCACCAUUGGCUUUUGCCUCUGCUCUCUGACUGAGUAAAUUCUGCAGGUUGGUAGACAGGUGCAUUCAGACAUUGUCCCUGACUUUGCUCAAUGUUCCUCCUUUUCUUAUUUUGAUGCUGUGUAAGCUGAGAACUCGCAGAAUCCUAGUUCCAGAAGACAAUCAGGCCAGUGUUGUUGGUGACUCAGGCCCCAAACCCAGCAACCUACAACUGUGUGUGUUUUGACAGGCGCAGAGAAAGACGGCUACUGACGAAGCCGAAAAGCAAAAGAAAGACGAGAUCAAAGUGUUGCAAGGUCAGCUGGCGGCUUUGAAGGACAUGCAGACGGAAGCUCAGGCUGUAAAGGUAUCUGAUGGCCACCAAGGGUCUUAAAAUGCUCUUCCGUUGCUUUAUCCUUAUGGAUAGAAGGAAGUUAUAGAACGUUUCUUUCAUUCUCUUUUUUUUAAAAAAUAAUAUUUAUUAAUAGUUUCUGAAUUACAGAAAAAAAUAAAAAAUAAAAAACAACACUACAAUGCAUAAAAAAGAAGAAGAAAAGCAAAACAUAAAAACCAAUACAACAAUACAGCAAAAAGAUAAAAAAAGAAGAAGAAAGACACAAAUCCCAUAUUACAUAUCUUUAACUUCCAUUUGCUUGUUUCAUUGACCUCCUCACACCUCCCUUUUUGUAUUGUAGUUUAAUUAGUUAUUUCAGCAAAUUCUUUCCAUCUUUCUCAAUUUUUAUUAAAUAAUUUAUCUUAACAAUUUAACCUAUUAAUUAACUCAACAAAUCCUUUCCAUCUUUCCUCAUAUUCUGUUAUUCAAAUUACCUUAAUUUAUUUAACCUUAUCUUACCGUAAAAUACCUUAGAACUUGAAACUUAAUACUCAGUUAUACAUAACUCCUGAUAUCAUUUCUACUAGAGUCAUAUAAUUUCAUUCCAACAUUUUCCCUAAUAUUCAUUAAUUUUAGGCUGAUUCCCUAAAUAAAAAUUUUCUUUAUAAAUUUUCUUCCAAUCUUCAUCCAACGUCUCUUCUUCCUGGUCUCGGGUCGUGUCAGUCCUUACUGUCCAUUCCAUCUAGUCCAUCAACCUGGUAAUCUUAUGUCCGAGGCCCUUAAGUCUCUUCCAUGUCCCUUCUGCAGAUCUUCUUCUUCUUGUUUAUACUUGCACUUUUCCUUGUCUUUUGUUGGUCUCUUUCUUAAUUUCUUUCCUUUCUCAUUGAGGAGUAGGUCUCUGGGGGGUUCCAACCCAAAAUUAUCUCCGUCUCCCUUCAUCAAACCAGCCCAUUCCCCACAGUCAUCAAUGUAAUCCAAGAAAUAUUUAAGAGCAUAUUUCAAAGUCUCUCCAAAGUUAAGAACCUCCUCAGCUCCAGACUCCCCCUGGCCCACUCCAACUUCAAUCUUCAAAGACAGCGGCUUAUGCUCCUGUAGGGCCUCAGGUCUCUCCAUUUGUAUUAUUUGAGGUGCAACCGCAACCUCCUCCAUUAUCUUCUGCACUUGCCCAAUCAAUACAGGUUCCUGAGUUGGUCCCUGAAUGUUUUCUGUAUCAAUAUUCCCUGUUUGUCCACAGUUAUUGACCACAACAGUCAUCAAAUCCAUUUUCUCAUUCAUCAAAUCCAUCUUCUCAUGCAUCUGUUCCAACAAAGCACUUGUCUUGCAUAAAGCAAGCACCAAAACUUCCUCCCAGCUCAUAUUUAGUCAAGGUCAAAAGGACUGGUCCCACGAUCUUAAUCUCACAGCUGUAGAGUCCUCAAGUAGACUUCAGCAACAAUUUAGCAAGCUCCCUCUCGAGGAGACAAUUUCUAUUUGUAUCCAUCUUUUUAAGGCAAGUCCAACAAAGGAAAAUUACUUUCAUUUUUCAGAUUUUUUUUAAGCUAUCUGUCAAAGUAUUCCAUUCACAGUCAGUGAACCUCUCCAACAAUUUCUGUCUCUGACACCCCGUUCCCAGGUUAGAGACGGUGGAAACUUAUCCUUCUUCAUUCCCUCUCCUGCAGGCGUUAAACAAAGUCCCCCCCCCCUUUUCUCCUGCUUCCAAGGGGGUUUCAGUAGUUAUAAAUGAAGGAAAUUUAGACUUUUUUAACGACUUUCCAGGCUUUAGCUUACAAGGUUUUUGCUUCAGUCUAUAUACAAAAAGCAGAAGGCGGACUUCCUGUUUUGAACCUUCCCGCUUCGGUGCCAAAUUAAGAUAUUUCUUGAUCCAAUUUUCUGUUUCUACUCACGGGUACUUGUUUUAAAUCCAAUUGUCCACAGGAAAAAGUCAGCGCUCUCCGGCAAUGGCUGUGCGGCUUCACUCCGUGAAAGUAGCAAUCAGUUCGCAGCACCGCGCCGCUCACCCCACUUCACUCCGGAAUCCCAAAAUGGGGUUCCCCGUGAGUAGGGGGGCGCUCCUGGUGCCCUGCCGAACCCCACGUUCCCAGGCUUCCUCCGCCUGGGAUUUCUAGCGGGUCCCCACCUUCGCCGCGGCGGGAAGACCCAAUUUCCACGGAGCCAGUUCCUCCAGUCGGAGGAACUCCGCCAUUCGCCGAUGGCGCUAACCCAGAAGUCCGUUUCUUUCAUUCUCUCUCCCUGCCUUUUGAAAUAGUAUAACUCUUCCACUAUUGGAGACUGAAUGUGUAUGCAUACUACUGUCCCUCCUAGUCAAGCUGCUUUUGUGGUGCCUCAGGUACUACCAGAAGCUGGUUGGUGGCAUACAGCAUAUAUAAAAACACAACGAAACAUCAGACAUUUAAAAACUGAAUAUCCUACCACUUCAAAUACAAAAAUAUAACAACCUCUCUCCUCCAGGAUUGUUGCAUCAUUGAGAUCUUUGGAAGCCUCAAAUGAGCGACAUCAUGCUUCCUUAAACUGAGCCAGACAAGGCCAGCCCAAAACUUUCUUAUCCAGUGGUUUCCAUCCUUAACUUUGGGGAAGAACUGAAGCCCAAGUGAAUUGCAUGCAGAAGGUCAUUCCUCAAUAUGCCCAAGUAGUGCUGGGAAAGACCCCCGUCUGAAACCCUGGAGAGCCAUUGUCAGUUGGUAUAGACCUGGGGUGGGGAAUCUUUUUGACUCCACAGGCCACCAUCCUUAUCAGGAUCAGCCUUGUGGGCAAAAAAAAUGACACUUGGGCAGGGCCACGCACCUGCCAAUCACCCAACAUCCCAAGAAAGUCAAGUGCAAAGUGCUGUAGAAACACAGGUUUUUCCUCUGUUUUAGCGAAGGAUUCCAUGCAAACCCAUUCCUGAAUCAAACUCUGCCUCACGACAGCAAUAGCUCUUUGCGGUCUCAAGCAGAGGGAUUUGUUAUUUAAUAUAUUUUGUGGCAGAAAAGAGCAGGGACUGAGCCUGUGGCUUUCUGCAUUUAGGAACAUGUCUUUUACCAGAUAUGCCAACUGUCAAUCAUUGGGUUUCUGCUAUGGCUUCAGCCACUUCCUUCUCCUUCCUUUUAAUUCAUUGUUAUUAACCAGAUUUCUUCUUCAAUUCCUCGGUUGCUGAACAAAGAAAAGGAUUUUGGCUGGAGAGAGGGGACUGAUCUGUGAUGCUCCAGAUGUUUCUGGAGCCCAACUCCCAUCAUGCCUGGCCAUGCUGGCUGAGAUUGAUGGGAGACGGAGUCCCAACAGCAUCAAGGUUCCCUGCUGCAUAAGCACUUACCUGGCAGCAAGUCUCCCUGAACUUGAGGCUGGCUUCUGUAUAAACAAGUGUAAGAAUGUACUGUUUGCGAUUCUGUUUACAUUUUUGUUUUUAAUUUAUUCCACUUUUCUUCUUCAGGAGAAAGAGAAUGAUUUUCAGAAGGCUCAAGGUAGGCACAUUUUUUUAAACCCAAUAUCCUCUCAUAGUACAUGCCGUUUAUAAAUUGUAUUUGUAAAACUGCAUAUUCAGUUCAUCUUGAGUCUUGGAUUGCCGUGGGUCAGAAGAAGUCAGAAAGCUGUAAACAGAUAUUAGUGGGGAUACACAUUAUUUACAUGUUAAGAAUAUUUUAAGUGAUGGAAGAGAAUUCCAAGUUACGUGUGUGCGGUGUAGUCUAAGGAAAUGGGUGGGGGCAUCCAAAUUCCUCCCUCAGGUAACUCAGGAGCAGGUGAAAUUCCAGCCUUCCAUACAAGCAACUUUUCUUUUAUUCUUACUUUAUCCUUUUGCACAGAUACUGCCUUGUUUGCCCUCUGUAGACGGGAGAAGGGCAUUGCUGCGACAUUGGAGGCUCAUUUCACUUUCUCCUUUUCCAACGUGGCAUAUUCUCUCAUAUGCCAGCAAGUGCCCUUCUGCCUUCAACAAUAGUGGGCAAGGCUGACGAAUGUGUUGUAUUCUUCCCAGCAAUGAAAUACAUUGCACUCUGCAGUGCUUAGAAGAUGUGACACCCCCACCAGGUGCACUGCUGUGAGGGAUGCCCUAAGCUAGCCUUUUGCAACCUUGGGUUUCCAGAUGUCGCUGGACUCCCAUCGGCCUCAUCCAGCAUGGCCCAGUUUGUCAGGGAUGAUGGGAAUUGUAGUUCAACAACAUCUGGGAACCCUGGGUUGGGAAAGGCUGUCCUAAUGCAUCCUCCGCUAACCCCUCCCCACAAAGUGUCCUUUUUCACCAGAAAAUAUAGUCCAACACUGGUUUAUUUCAUUUCAUUUCUUUUCUUUUUUUCUCCCCCCCUUCCCUUUAUUUAUUUAUCUUUUUAAGCCGAGUUCUUGAAAAAAGCCCCACAGCCUUCAAAAGCAGACACUCCAGAUGAUCACACCUCAGUUGCAAAUUACCUCGACAAGUAAGUAAGAAAAAUAUCAGUGAGCAGUUAGUUCCACAACAGAUAAAUCAGGUUGAAUAAGUCAGAACUGCCCGUCUUUUGGCCGGAUUUUUAAAAAAGCACUUUGUCAUUAUUUCCUGCGCUGAUCACCGUUUCAGGAGUAAACACUGUUUUUGAAUGGCGCUUCAGUUCUGUUUGUUUGUUUAUUAUUAUUAUUAAAGAAUUUAUCCCACUCUUCAACCAGGAAGAGCUCCCAGAGCACCUGCUCUCACAGACUUAAAAUCUAAAAGGGUGCAGCAUGAGAUGAAAAUGGGUUGGGAGGGAGAACAGAAUAAGCAAACUCGAGUGCAAGUUCAUAGUCACAAGUCCUCCUAAUGAGCAGCUGGGGUGGAAAAGCUCAAGGAGGGAGAGCUGCUGGCCUCUUAGCUGGGUUGUCAGCGACAUUGCCCUUCUUCCCUCCUCUGCUGCAGCCUAAUGGAACAGCCGCUGCCAAGUGAUGAGACUGAAGGAGAAGCCUGGCUUCUCAGCAGAACCAGUGGUGGCCCUGCAUCCCUCUUUAUAUUCUGCACCCCAAAUUCAAAUCCUGUGUUCAUUGUACAUUAGGCAAAAGUUGUUUGCAUUUGUAUAGGCCGACUGCCAAUGCAUUAGCUUGUCCAGUUUGCAUUCUUUGCCAUAAAGCACCCUGCAGGUGCCUCCUUAACACAGCUCAGUGGUAGGAAGAGAGAUUUGGACCACAGAGUGGGAUAUGCAAGAUGUAUAUAUGCCCUGAGCCCCCCAUUCUAAAGCAAACCAGGGUGCAGGAGGCCCUGCAAUCCCUCUGCCUUGACCUCUGCCUCGUUGCUCUUCCCCAACUCCAGCCUCUGCAUCUUCUGUGGGGAGAGAGACGAAUCCUUCACAGAGGAAGGCCUGGAUCUCCACUACUGGAAACGUUGCCCAAUGCUGACAAGGUGCGAGUUCUGCAAACAGGUGAGCCCCCGCCAUGAACACGCGUUGUGCAUUUUUGAGGGGACCUUGGAUGUGUGCCACAGCAGGGGCUGUGUUGGUGACCCCCGCAGUAGCAGCCCAGAGAUCUGAGAAAGCUUGGAGAGAGACAUGGCUCCCCUUUGGUGCAGCAUGUUGUGGCCCUAUCUUUGCUGCCCUAGAUGUGGCAGUCAUUUUGUGUCAUGCCAUGCCCCUGUCUUGCAGCUGUUUUGGAACUGGGGCCUGCAGCACAUUCUCAAAACUCCAAAAUGUGCUUACUGGCCCAGAAAGGUGAGCAACCUCUGAUCCUGUAUCUGACUUCAUCCCAUAGAAUAUGGGUCCACUCCAGCCCACGCGCACGCACGCACUCUCUCUCUCUCUUCUGUACAACAGCAGAAGAGGUGGCAUCCAGACCAGAGAUGUGAUUGGGUGGCGGGGUGUGAAAGGGCUGAGCCCCUGCCUACCCACACUUGCACCCUUAAUCCCAGGUGCUGACAAUUAGGGCUUUGGCAUGAGAAACAUUUGGCUUUUUGGGGAAUUAUAGGGAAAGAACUACCCAAACUGUAUAGAAACUUAUUCAUAUAUGCUACUACGGCGGCAAGAAUGUUACUUGCCCCAAAAUGGAAAGAAGUAGAAGUCCCAGCAAAGGAAGAAUGGAUACAAAAACUUAUGGAAUAUGCAGAAAUGGCGAAACUUACCGAAGAAAUCAAGAUAACAAACUUUUUAUUUAAAAAAUGGAAAUGGUUUCUUGAAUAUUUACAGAUAAAUUGUAAACAGAUAAGAACAUUGGCAAGAUUGUUGUAACAACCUGCAAUUUCAUAAGAGUAUAUUUUUAAAGUAGAUGAAUAAAUGAACAAAUUAAGUUAAUUUGGAUACUGUAUGCAGAAGAUAUUAAAAAUAAAUUUAGGGAACCACAGAAAGAGAGGGAAGGAAACCAAGUUUUGAAAUGUUAAAAUGGCUGUGAAAUUAUUGAAAUGUAUAAAUCUGAAAAUUAAAAGUAAAAUUUUAAAAAGAGAGAGAGAAAGAGAAACAUUUGGCUCUUGCCUCAGACUGUGGACGGUCCCCUUCCAGGUGGUUGAGAUUGCCAGCCUGACGGAGCACCUGCUGACAGAGUGCGACAAAAAGGACAACUUUGACAAGUGUCCGCGCUGCUGCGAAGCCCUGCCGAAGGACGAGCUGCCCCGGCAUGUCAAGGGAAAGGCCUGCAACCGUAAGGAAGAGCGGGGCUCUGGGUGGGCUGGCAGGGACCAGGCACAGCGGCCUCCGCCAACCAGGCCCCCUCCAGACAUUUUGGACUCCCAUCAGCCGAAUCCAGCAUGAGAUUGGGACAUGCGGUCUGCAAUGACAUCUCUCUGCUUUCUCCUCUUUCCAGCUGCCAAGCCUGAAAAAGUGGCCAAUCACUGUCCGUUGUGCCAUGAGAAUUUCACGCCAGGAGAGGAGGUGAGAGCCAUCGCCCUUAGCUCGGCCAGUCACUGCUUAAAGAGAGGGAAAGGAAGGGUUGACCUUACAAGAAGGGUUAUCCUCCAGUCCUGGUUGACCAGAUGAAGUCCGGCUCACCCAGCUAGAAUUGCAUAGCACCUUGUCUGUCUUGUUGUAUUAGCAGCUUAGCACAACAGCAAGGCAGUGUGAAACAAGCAUAGUGGGCAGCUCCACAGAAGUGCUUUCGAUGCAGCUAUAGCAUCUCUCUGGGAUGAAUUCAUCUUCCUAUUUGGCUCCAGCUGCUUGAUUUGUGUCUGUUUUAUCCUGCCCUUUCCCCAUAGGUGGUUCUCUCCCAGCCCCCUUUUAUCUUCCCAACCAUCCUGCAAGGUGGGCCAGAGGUAGAUGUCACGGGAGCAGCGUAGCUGCUGCAGAAAGCAGGCACCACGACUCUUUCACACAGUGCACAGUUAGACGGUGGUGUUGGCUGCCGGAAGAUGCAGAGAUGGACCUUAACUGUCCUGGCUUUAAAGGCGGGGUAGACUCAUAGAGGAGGAUAAGGCAGUCAGUGACCCCUAGUCAUUAUUACCCUGCCCUUUGACCAAUAUUAGACACAAUGCAGUCCCAAAUACCUGGGUGUGGGGAGGCUAUUGCACUUACUCCCUGCCUAUCCAUUUCCCAGAGACAUCUGACUGGGUGCUAGGCUAGAUGCAGUAGGGCUCUUUUUUCCAGGUUCUUCACCUUACAUGCUGCAUCUCUUCCCUACCCCCAGUCUGCUUGAUUUCAUUAUCUGUGUGAAAGACCUGAUCCCUUUUUGACCUUCUCCUCUCCUUCCUUUCCCCAUAGGCCUGGAAGGUGCACCUCAUGGGCAAAGACGGCUGCCGCAUGAACCUGAGACGGACCCAGUCCUUGAACAAGAGCAUGCCAAUGCAGCCAGUUGCCGGUAUGGUCUCCAUUGUUGGUUUCACACAGAUGACGCUUAGGCAGCGGGGUGGUAUCUGUUUGCCUCUCCAUAGCACGAGGCAGCUUUCUUCCAGCAUCCAGACACCUACAGCUGUCCCUUUUGUAAAAAAAGUGGGAAGCUGAGACUAACGAUGUGUGUAUGUUUUGUGUGGGAGACACAUCUCCACACUCACCUGGGGAACCUGGGGUUGUACACUCAGCCCCACGGGGCAUGAACGAGAGUGCAUUGUGAAGGAGGCGUAUCCUGCAACGGCGCCUGCUUUCGUCUCUGUCUAAACUCAAACACUCUUCUCCCCCACCCCAAAUUUUCAGGCAGGCCUGUCGGAGCACCUCUCAACCGAUCCGGGCCGACAGGCAUGAAGCUUCGCUCCCCAUCAGUUGGCAGCAAGAUCCCCACCCCACGAGGAGGCAUGAAUAAAAGCACUGGCAGAACGUAUGCAAAGCGAUGACGCGGAUCUCUUCUUUCCUUUUGGCUCCGCAACCGGCUGCACUUUACGUAUCUCGCUCUAAGAUUCUGCUUGCAGAUAGCGGCGGUACCUUGCCUCACACUCCUCUCCUUCCCCAAGUGGCAAAGUUAUAAGCCAAUCGCGUCUCUGUAUGAUUGUUUGGCUCCGAUAGGUUGGUCCCCUCUUCCCUGGAGAUUGUCCACACAGGUGGAGAAGUUGCACAUCCAAAACUCCAUCUGGUGGGUGCUCACUCCUUGACUGUGAUCUCUUGCAGCACAAAAGCAGGUAAAAGAGGAAGCCUUGUCUAAGCCUUCUUACACCCUCUAGUUUCUGGGUCACUUUCUCCUUGCGCUGCAGGCCCAGGCACAAGAAAGUGGGUUCUUAUGUUACAUGGGUUGUCUGAAUUUAGUGGGAUUUGGCAUGCCAGUCUUACUCCAAGCCCUACCUAGUUCUUGUAAGAAUUUCUCUAGGCAGAGUGACUUACCGUCUAGGCUCAGCCUGAAGCAUUUGCUCACGAGGUGUGUUCUACACAUUAGGAUCUGUUGUGUCUCCUGCUGCUCUUGCGGAUUCCCCACUGGAUUCUGUGGAGUUUCUGCAGGAGAUGUUCCCCCCAUAAGUCUGAUGUGUCUGUCUCCCACUCUGCUGCUCUUAUUGCCCCCCCUCAAAAAAAAAACCUACCACCUGAGGCAUCCUAGGAAGGCCGUGCCUGUUCCUUGUUCAUAAUCAGAUACUAAAGAAAAGUACAGAUUUAAGCCCCACAAACUAGGCAGCCAGGUUGCCAACCAUAGGCCUUUCUGCCCUCUUCCUGUCUGGUUGAAAGGUACAUUACUCACCCUAUUUUCUAGGAAGUUUUGCUGAUCCACCAUCACCUUCAAAUGCGCAUAUGAGAGAACUGCAGUGGCCAAUAAAUAUUGGCCUAAGAACCAGUUCAUGCCAUUUGGGUGGUCAGGGGGGGUACAGCUUUUGGCUGCCUGUUCCAUUUCAUCUUUCAAGUGGGGGGUAGGAGUGGGAAUUGCAUGCUUAAAUGCUUGCAUACUUUGUUAAAAAAAGAAACCUCUCCAAUGUCAGAGGAAAGGGCUCUCACCUGGCCUUCUCCUUGACAUACUAGAGUUUCUGCAUACAUCAUGAAUGGGCAGCUGAUGGCCCUCCAAUGGUUGUAUCCAACUAAGUUCUACUCAGAGUAGACCCACUGAAAGCGGGGAGUUAUGCCAAUAAACAUCAAUGGGACGCACUUUGGUUACAAUCCCAGAGGUUGUGGGACUCCAGCUCCCAUCAGCCCCAGCCCACAGCGUUUGGAGGUCCACAGGUUCCCCAUCCCUGGAAUCCUUGGGAAGUUUUCAUUUUCAAAGCAUUUAAUUCCCCUACCUGCAGUCUAAACUACUGUGGUCCAACCAGAGCUGUCCCAUUUGACCUAUUUGAUCAUGUUCUGCUUGAAAAGAUGGGGCAGACCAGAAUCCCCUUCUCUAGAGCUCAAGUGGCAGUUCUAGUAACCCAGCAGAUGUGUGGGCACGGCACAUUAUGUUAAGAAGCAAUAGGGGGAGGGGAGAACCCAGAAUCUUCACUAUGUGCAAAGCACUCUGGAAAUGAGAACUGACAGGUGGUUGCAGUUCUUGCAGGUCUAAAUAAUAUAUCACCCUUGUGUUCCCAAAUGGGGAUUUUCCAACCUCUCUAGGAGGUUGUCCUCCCUCAGAGAGCAUAGCAUAACACUUUGGAUGAUAAAAGGAUGCAUCCAUGAUGGUAAUUUUAAUGGGAAGGGAGUUCCCAUGUAAUGGGAAAGUUUGAAAACCACUGGAUCAGGUUAUUGAAAAUCCUUAACAACCUCAGGAAUGUUAAUCAAGUCAUGAAAGGGUUUAGUUGCCAUCCCAUCCUUUGCUUUAAAGGAUCAUCUGAAAGGACAGCAUUCUAAAACUUGUUCUGCAUCUUCUUAUAAGAUGUGUGAUGGCUGAUGUGGGAUCUGCAAGCUUUUGAAUUUUGCAAACUCUUCAGCAAGCAGAAAGAAAGGGUAGCCAGAUACAGAGGGCAUAACUACUACUGUGACCCCUUAUGAACGUUAACCUUUUCUUUUUUAUGCCCUCCCAACUGUGUAGACUAGAGGGAUUAUGGAGGCGAAAGAAGGAGUCUAGAGAUCACCAACUUAGAUGGGUUUUUUAAAAAUAGAUAAAUUCAUGGAGGAUUGAAUGAGAGAGUCUGGUGGAAGCUCUGUGCAGAGCCUGCCCAGCCAUUAGGCAGGAUGAGGCAGCUGCCUUAGGCAGCAGAAGCCCCCAAAGUGACAUCCUACCACCUCUUCCAGCAGCAGAGAAGCACUGCCCAUUUCAGGCAAGAUUACAUCUAUUUGGGGCAGUAUCUCACCCCAAAUCAGUGUGAUCUUGCCUGUGGCAGCGCUGCUUCUCUGCCAGUGACAGAUGCAACAGGACACAUACUGGUGGCACAGCGAGCAGCGGCAGGAGCAGGUAUAGUGGUGGCAGCAGCGGGGUCAGGCAGCGUUUCCCGUUUUGCCGCAAGCGGUGAAACAGGAUGCACUGCCCCUGGCUCUGUGUAUGUGCAGAUGUAGCAUACCUCUUUAUUAAAAAAUAAUUUUAAAAGAGCUAGAGACUGGGCAGUGGGGAAAGCGACCGUCCUCCCCUUCUAGCCCUGCUUAUGGGCUCCCAGAAAGCAUCUGGUGAGUGCUAAGUUAGAUGGACCCCUUGGGGUGAUUCAGCAGGGCUUUUCUUAGGGGGCUUUCAUUCCUUUCCUUUUGCAGAAGACUCGCUUUAGCCUUCCUUUUCUGGUCCUCGCAGGUAGGAGCAGCAAACCUAGCACAGCGGAGUAAAGGCUUUUGAUUGGGGUGGGACGCUGUUCCAGUUUUAGAUGGUUGUGCUGUGCUAUGAGGAGCAUAAGUGGGCAUUAAGCACUUGCACGCUUUCUGGCACAAAUCAAACAUGCUUAUGGGCACACGCGUGCGAGCACACACAGCAUUCCCUUUAUCUACUCGCAAGCACGUCAAGUAAGAGUAAGGCACAGGUUGGUGUAUUUAUCGCUCCACACCCACCCACUGAGUGAGUUGCAUAGAAAAGCUCUCUCCUGCCCACUUAAGUGGGGUCUGGGGGCCACUGUAACAGCUGCGGAGUGUGCCCUGCACCUCCUGGCAAUUCCACCUCCUUACCCAAGCCUCUCUCAACCCUGCUCCAUCCCCCCAGAAGCUACCGUAAGUCAGGCCUUGUACUGGAACCUCUUGAAACCCUCAGCCCUGGCCCAUCCCAGACCACAGAUACGAUGCUGUGGGUCAUGAUGCAGAUGAGCUGCUGCUGAAAGGGGCAGAUGGAAACACAGAAGGGGAGGGGAGGUGAAUGUUUCUGCAAACAAAGGCCUGGAUUGUCCUUUGGCUUGUUUAGGGCAGAACAAGAAGGUACAUUGGCAAACGCAAGUUCCCAACCCUUUUGUCUGCUGAAGAACAGGAAUCCUGGGGCAGGAGAGAAGCAGCCAGGGAGCCCACUUGCGCAUGCACCUAGAACCCCCGUUCACUGCUUUAACCCAAACCAGACCUGUUUUGGAUAUAACAGGUAAAAAAAGCCAGUGGAGGGGUGGGGGUUGGAGAACAGCCAGUGGGAUACAGAUUAAAUACCCCUUUUUUUAACCCUGAGUGUCAUCCCUUUUCCUGCAUUAACAUGUCUUCCUGUACACCUUCCUGUGUAAUCACAGGAUCUUGGUGACCUUGGCUAGAAAUAACCAAGUUACCUCUAAGGAGGGAAACGUGUUUGCAGGAGCAAACUUCCAACACAGGAUAUCUUUAGGUGCACAAGAUGUGCGCUUGCCCUUCAGGUUCCCCAACGUGGGGCCAAGGUUUGUUGCAACUCUCCACCAAGCCAGUCUCCAGUCAGAGGCUCACCUAAAGGGAGCUGGCACCAACACGUCUUCAGUUGGGGUUUUCAAGACUUAAGUUGGAUAGCUUGCCAUGUUGCAACUUAGCCAUGCUGUAUGGUUUUGUAGGAAAUGAGCAAAUUGCUGGAUAGCAGGCCUGAUUCCAGAGUUUUGCACUCCUUUUGUUACAUCAACUUGCACACAGGUUUGUACUGCUCUGAUAAUAAAGGUCUAUAUUUCAACAAGGA